AAUGUCAAUGUCAAAACAAAAAGCAGUUCGUUUGUGAAUUUGAAGUGAAAUAAAACAAUGUUUUUCUUUGUAAAUGAAUAUAAAGUGCUUCUUUGUGUGAGCUAAACCACAGUCCAUUAUAUUUUGUAUUUACCCAUCGAUGUAUUUCUAAUUCCACUUUUGGGUCUCAAGUUAUGCUUCUGGAAGAAAAAAUUGUGUAAUUUAAAUAGGUUAACGACACCGACAAUACUAUAAUACCAGUGAAUCGCAAUGGCUAAAUGGAAAUUGACCCGCCAAUCCUAUGGAGCUGAUGAAUAUGUUUUCUGUGAGGGUGACGAAAUUACGAUAGGCCGCGGGGCUAAUAAUGCCAUAACGCUUUCUAGUCUAGUAAUAUCUAGACAACAUUGUAUCUUGAAAUUCUUCAAAGAUAAAGUUACCAUUAAAGACUUGAAGAGUUCAAAUGGAACAUAUGUGGGUACGGACAAAAUACCGUCCAACACACCAGUUGCAGUUCAAGACUCCCAAUGUCUGGGCAUUGGGUGGAUGGAGGGUGCCGCACUGGCAAAGAUUUCAGACACUGAGAAGUUCAUAUUUAAAAUUAACAGAGAAAAGUCUGAGAAAUCUAUCAUAGAUAGAAUUGCUUUCCAAAAUGAAAUAGACUCUGAUGAAGUUGAGGAGAAACUCGCAAUUGUCCUUCAUGAUGUCAAGCCCAGACUGUCGAGCACUGAAGAUACAGCCAUGCAAAAGAAAACCAAGAACCAAUCCCCCAAUUUAAGUCUAAAAAGAAAAUCAAUAGAGAGAAAUGAUAAAGAUGUAAGUUUUCAAGUAGAUAGUGACAGCAGCAACUCUAAACAUGCCGAAGAUGUAGUGAACCUUCUGUCAGACAGUGACACUGAACUGCCCGGCAGGAAGAAUGAAGAGGUAGCAGCCAAGAGAGUUAAACUAGAACCUAUAGUUGAAGAAAAGCUAGAGACAUGUAUUAAGCAGGAACUAAUUAAAACAGAAAUAGAUGAUGAUGAGUAUGAAUCAGGUAUUGUAAAGCAGGAACUGUUUGGCUAUGAUGAUGAGCCUAUUAACCUAGAUACUGACAGUGAUAGUGAUACAGAGAGAAGAUGGUUCAUCAGACUGUCACAGAGCUCACCGGGCAAGCCUCUGACUAAGGCUAUGAAAAGAGAUGUGGUUGAUGGUCCUGCAAGAGAAAGUUCUUACAGUCAGAUCAUUGAAGAUGACUAUGAACCUGCUUUACCUAGUAAUGAGAAUGAUGCUCUUGAAGAUGAGGAAUUCAUGGAUGAUCUAAUCAGAAUACCAGUGAGGUCGACUGAAGAUGAAGAAGGUGUUGAUCAAGUAGAUGGUUACAGUAACACGGGACUGACUUCAGAUUACUUUGCACAGCAGCUGGAGAAAGAUGCUGACAAAGAACCACCAGCUGAAGUUCCAACAGCUGAAGUCCCAGCUGAAAGCAGCUCAGUGAAGAAAACACAAAUGAUUGAAGCUCUAGCACAGACCAGUAGGAGAAAAUCAACUGUGGAGAGUAAACCCAAAGAAAAAAGUAGCUCUUCCAAACAUUCCAAAUCUAGCAGCAAGCAUUCACACUCACACUCCAAGCGCCACAUGAGCAGCUCACAGAAAGAAGAACGAAAAAAGAAGUUAAAAGAAAUAGCUUCAAAGGAGAAGGAAGUGCGAGACAAGAACAAUACUAGCUCUAGUAGCAGCUCCAAAGCCACUGUUGGUGCCAAAGUAUCCACAUCUAGUAGAGGGGCAUUCCUAGCUGAAGACACCGCCACUGUUCAACCAACUUCUAGAAAAGACAGCCCUAAAUCAAGUAAAAGCCACCACAAAGACUCAGAUAAAAAACAUAGCAAAAGAAAAACUGAAGAUGCUGUUAACAAUAUUGAAAAUAGAAAUAAACAUGAUGAUAAACCUCACAGCUCUUCAAGCAAAUCAAAGAGUAAGUCUGAGAAAAAGGAUAAACACAGGAAGUCUUCCAAGAGUGAUGUUGAAUCUACUUCAGAGCAAAAGGUUGUGAAAAAGUCAGAAACCAGAGUGCCUUUGAAGAAUCUCAAGCCGCUGACAGACAGUGACGACACGCACUCGGGCCGGCCGGUGUCUAAAGUGGAGCCAUUCCCCACCAAAAAACCCAAAAAGACAGUUCGCUUCUCUGAUGCCCCACCUCAGGUUAAAGUGUUUGAAAUAGAGCCUGGAAACCAGAUGAAGAAAACGAGUCUAGUGAAGUCUACUAUAGACGUGCCUCAGAAACCCGUGUUCUCUUUAGAGAAGAUCACUCUGAUUAGGAUACUGCGGUGGAACCCGCAGUGGCUCACCGAACAGGUCAACAACAAUGAACCACCGCCUAUUUUAGGACACAGUGUCCCACCGAUGGCCGUUUUGCACUUCUUCCAAGCGCAUACUCAAUAUUGUCAGGUGAUAGGUGACCUACUCCUCAUGGAGAUAUGGGAGAGCGUGACGCAGACGUUCAACAAGCAGCGCGGCGCGGAGUUCACGCUGCGCAUCGAGGCGCUGCCGCCGCCGCCCUCGCCCGACGCCGCCUUCGACACCUACAGCCUCAGUGUUAAUGUUUCUGUGCCGAAAAACGAGAUGAAGAAUUUACCCAGGAUGGGUGAGCUGAUGCUAGUGACAUUCGGGCCGGAGGGCAGCAAGACCAGCCGCUUCUUCUACGUCAACCACGUCCGGUGUCUUCCGUCUCCGCCAAACAACAUCUACAGUUUCUUCAGCAUAUCCCUGCACGUGGUCUACACAGAGAAGAUGCGUUUACUCAGACGCGGGGAGGUGAUGACGGGACGCAGUCUGUGCUACAUCAAGAAUGUUCUACAACUGUUUGAAGCCAUGGAAUACUUGUCCAAGUCACCGCUGUGUGAGGCCAUCUUGAGGCCUGACCCGAGACACUUCCCGAGGGACAGGAUUCUGCCGCCCUCGCAGAUUAAGUCGCCGUGGACGGCGACACUGAACGCGAGUCAGUUGGAGGCGGUCUCGGCGUCGGUGUCGGCCGCGCUGGGCGACCGCCCCGCCGUGCAGAUGAUACAGGGGCCGCCCGGGACAGGCAAGUCGAGUGUAAUCUGCUCGAUCAUAAUGACGUAUUUCUACGACUCGGGCGGGCGGCGGCAACAGAACCGCGGCAAGAUACUCAUCUGUGCCACCAGCAACGCCGCCGUGGAUGAACUGGUUAUACGACUGCUGAAUAUACGACAGAGCUUGCCUAAGACGGAGCGCUUCCGCAUGGUACGAGUAGGGCGGCCAGAGGCGAUGCACCCCCGCGCCCGGGACCUCUCCUCGCAGUGCCUCGCGCAGCGCGACGCGACCCGCGCGCAGGAGCCCCCGCCGCCGGGCGCCCAAGAGGAGGUGGCACGUCUCGAGGCCCGACUCAACAUGUGGCGCAGCCAGGCGCAGGAGGCCAAGGACCCCGGCCGUAGAGCCUUCUGCCACUCGCAGAGCGAACAGAUUAGGAAUAGAAUAGCACAGUUAAAAGGCGGUUCGUCGGGCGACGUGUCGGCGGAGCAGCUGGCGAUGGCGGAGCGCCGCAUCGUGGAGUGCGCCGACAUCGUCGUCAGCACGCUGUCCAGCGCCGCCAACCAGAAGAUGAAGAAUCUCCGCCGCCGCAUAGCGCUCUGCAUAGUGGACGAGGCGGGGCAGGCCAUCGAGCCGGACUCGCUGGUGCCGCUGACGCUGGACGUGACGCGGCUCACGCUCAUCGGCGACCCGCGCCAGCUGCCCGGCUUCAUCAAGUCACAGCGAGCAAAACAGCACGGUCUUGGCGAAAGCCUGUUCUCCCGUCUCUCCUCCUCAAUGGAACACUGGAACGACGGCAGCCCAGUGGUUCUACUGGACGUGCAAUACCGAAUGCACCCCGCCAUAGCUGAUUAUCCGAACAGGACUUUCUAUGAGGGGAAGAUCUGUAAUGAGGCCAAAUUAAGGACGGAUCACCCGCUGCCGCCGUAUGCUGUGGUGCAUAUUAGCAGCGGGGAUAAGGGGCAAGGCACAUCAGGCGCGAACGAGAUGGAGGCGUGGGGCGUGGCCAGAUUAGUCGCGGCGCUGAGCAAACUCGUGCGUAGUCUGAACAUGAACAUGGCUGUGAUUACGCCGUACGACGCGCAGAAGGAGGCCAUACGGAACUGUUUGCGGACGUUGGAGGAACCCAACGCAACCCCCGUGGAAGUGAACACAGUGGACAGCUUCCAGGGGCAAGAACGGGACGUGGUGGUGGUGUCACUCGCGCGCAGCCGCGGCGUCGGCUUCCUGAGCGACGCGGGCAGAAUGAACGUCAUGUUGACCAGGGCGAAGCACUCGCUGCUGAUCUGUUUGAACCAGAAUGCUAUGUCGAACAAUCAGCAAUGGCGGACGCUAUUAGACGACGCGCAACAACGCAACCUCUUCAAGUUCCUACCGAACAAAGUGUGUCAGCCGGCGACCUCGGGGCAGGCCAGCGACAACAUACUCAAGUAUAUCACACGCUGACGAAGAGCUCUUUAAACAUAGGGUAUAUAAUGUACAUAGUGGUUAAAGUUAAAGUUGAAAAAGUGUCUCUCUAGUUUUUUGAAAAGUGUAUUUCGGGGAGCGGCUGUGCUAUCAGUCCGUAAAAUACGAAGUGUUCAAUACAACAAUGGGUAGUGGUCAUUCGCCUCUACUCUGUCUGACCCCUCCAACUAGUAUAACUAUAAGCCCCGUAAAAUACUAUUGGGCCUGAAGCUGAGUCAAUGAUACCAGUCAAUAAUGUUCAUUAUUGCUAGUCGGUCCCGCGCUUGAAGUCAGUCAAAUGACAUGCAAAUCAAGACAUCGAGACGUCGUCGAUAUAUGGUCGAUAUACGUUAUUAAAGGUAAAUUUUAUUGCUUGCGGUGGACAAUGACACCCAGGCGCAAUACGAUUUUACGGGACUUAUCUACAUUACAUUCGACUGUUCUAUAUAAUAUACCUACAAUGAGGUCAACUUGCCAUAUAAAACUUACCUCAUAAGUGAGGUAAGUUUUAAAACUUGAAAUCCAUCCGUUUAAUAAUUUCAACAUGGCAUAAAAUAUUUCAUACUUUUGACCCACCAAGUUACAGAGAAGUAUUCUCGUCGCGACGUGGCGACACCUACUGUGAUAGUAUUUCAUAUUAUGUGCUUUGCUAUUGUCGUGUUUAUAUGUUUACAUACGUAUGUAUUCUUCCAUUCUUGUAAGCUUCGGUGAAUAGUUUUAAGUAAUCCUACAAUGACAAAUUGCGUUUUGUACCGACGACGCCCAAUAAGAUCCUACCUGAGUGAGAUCUGAGACGUUUUAGGUUUAGAAAUUACGUACGAAUGCCAGGCCAGUUAAUACAUUUGAGUUAAAUUUGGCCUUAAACAAUUUGAAAAUGCCUUUAAUAUCUAAUCAUACAUAACUGAAUGAACGAAUCUAUAGUUCAUGAGCAUUUAGAAUAUAAGUACAUCUACCUGACAAUUGGAGUUGAUCAUUCAAAAAUAAUUCAAAGAAUUAACCAUGAAUCAACUAUCAAGUAUAAAUGCUUAUGAACCUUAUUCCAUGUGUUCUCAUCAUUUAUAAUUUUUGUUUACAUACUUUCCUCUCAUGUUUCAGAAACAGAAAUAAGCAACACAUUUGUCAUGCCAUUUAUAUUUCUAUGUGUAGAUUGUGUAGAUAGGUAGGUACAUUUAAGUAUUUUUUGUACAGUCAAUCAACUGUUUAAGACUUUAGUUUUGUAGUCGUUGUAUUAUCUUAUUUAGUUUUCUUUUUUUAUAUUAAAUUUAAAAGGUACGUCUGCACUUCUUGUUUGUUAUUAUAAGUGCAGCUACCAAUUAUUCUUAAGUAAUGAAUUAUUUUUAAGUCAACUUGGUGUUUAAUUCAAUAAUUACUGUUAAGAGUUAUUACCUCCUAAUUUUAGAUUAGCCAUAAUAUUCAACCUUAAAAACCAUACAAUACUAAUUUAAGGUAUCAAAAAAAGCAAUGAUGCAAAGCUCGUUGCUAAGUUGCUAUAACUGUAAAUAUCCUCAAGUACCAAAACAAUAAAUAUUUUUUUAAACAAACUAUCAAAGUGA